UAACUCUUAAAACCGGCUAUAACUCUGGUUUUGCCCAUACAACGAGCUGUCAAAUUAAAACUGGUUUUAAAAGUUAUAACCAAGUUAUAACUGCUCGAAAAGGGAACUCGAGUACUUGAAAACUCAUAGUAGCCUUUGGAAACAUUUGCAAAACGUCCGACAUUGACAGAAACAACAAUUUUUUUCUGUUUCUUCGCUAAAAUACGCCAGCGUUUCGGGACUUCCCAGUGCCAUUGGGGAGGACAGAGCGCCGUAGCAAGGAACUUGGUAUCGAAAGAAUUGGAUUUCACCUUGGAAUUCAUUGCCCGCGGAUCCAGUGCCGCCCAAUGCCCAACAACCUGAGCGGACAUACACUUGGACGUGUUCAAGAUGUGUUCCAGUAUGAAUCUGAUUUCGCAAUUCGCUCGGUGCUUGUCGUAGAACUGAACUGUUUUUCCAAAGUCUUGCGGGAAAGUGGCCUAGAUCUCGGAGCACUUGCCAAACCCCGGAUUCAUCGGAUGCAGAUCCGUCACCACGCGCGGUCCAAUGAUCCGAGGAUUUGGCGCGUCCUGGCGGGAACGACUGGCUCACGUGCUUUAGCGGGGCAUGCUACGGACUCGAUGCUCUGCUGCUGUUGCUGGAGACUCGCAGUGCUGCUGCUGUUCCUCGGCGGAUGGACGCUGGCGCAGACUACGCUCCUGGCCGAUUCUCGCGAUCAAGUGUGCUGCUUUUGGUCAAACUCUGCCCGUGUGCAGAACUCCUACGCUGGUGGUACUUCGCUGGGUUACUGACGAACGUCGAUGGUGUUCCAGUGGCUCAAGAUCAAAAAGAUCUCGACGGACGAUACCACGUGGCCGUGGGGACGACACAGCGGAUCAGCGAGGCAGGUUUCUCGUCGACGUUCGCGUCCUAUGGCUUGGAGGGGACGGUGUGGCGUCCAAAAGUGACGGCCAGCUUUUAUGUAAUAUGUUCUCUACGUUCCAGUUUCGUUGAUGUUCUUUUAAAAUUCUAUAAUAAAAGAUUAUGCUAUUGGGGAGGGGGGGGGGGGUGGUCUGGAGGAGGGGGGAUUCUAAGAUGAACAAUUUUGCAAUGCUGUUUAGGGUGGCCUCGCCUCGAGCCACACUUUGCAGGAGCGCGGUCGACUCCUCCUGGCGAUUGUUGAUCACGGUCGUACUGCUGGUGAGGUGCAUUAUCUUGCCAAGAUCUCGCAAGCGUCCAUUCGCAUCAUCCUCAAGGAUUUUUUGGUUUGGCGCAGUACAUCGAUGGACACCCCGAUCGGGGUUAGGGAAUAUAGCGGUCUUCCGGUAAUCCUAAAAAAUUAGAAAGGCAAUUCUAAUUUACUUUAAGCACAUAGUUCGUUUCAUUGAUUCUUGGCUAUUUCCAGCCGGUAGAGUCGACGUAGAACACGUGUUUGUUGUUGUCUCACGCGCCCCACAUCCUAUGUAGAUGCUCUCAGCGAUGUUCUGCGAUGGACUUGGAAUCUAGCUCUAGCAGACCAAAAAUCUUGAGUAAAAUCCAUGACGGAACCAGGUACUUAAUAAAUUUACCGCGUGGAAAAUUACAAAUAAUGAAAAUGACGCCUUUGCGCAAUCCCGCGAAAAAAAUCGCACUUGGUUCAGUGCGUUCUGCAUAAGCUAACAUGCCCGGCUUUCGGAGAUUCUUCCGGCGUUAACAAUCUGAUCGUAUCAUGGACUUAUGGAAAGUUUGUACCCCUUUCCCCCUUUU